AUCGAUCACUCGGGGGAAGAGGGUGGAGGGUGAAGGGGGUUGGAUCGAAGCAUAGAUUUCUGCACAGGCUGAGGACGAUCGCGUAGUAUGUGUGUGUGUGUGUGUGUGGUGUUGUCGGAGCACGGACUGAACUCUGAAAGUGUGUGUUGACUUCAGGAACCACAGUGUGUGUGUGUGUGUGUGUGUGUGUGUGUGUGUGUGUGUGUUCAUCUGGGGACUGGGAUUGUUUGCUGGUUGUGUUUUCGGGGCGGAUGGUGAGGAGCUGAGAGUGAACGCAAUCGUGCAUGAAGGAGUGAAGUUGGAGGAGGAAGAAGAGGAGGAGGAGGAGGAGGAGGAGGGCGGCGGGAUAAGCGGAGCUCCGCUGGGUGAUUGGUUUGCGCGCCGCACGGAGUCUCUGGGUCGCAUCCCAUCGCGCGCUGGAUGGAUGGGCAUGGGGCAAACGGGAUUCUACUACCGCGGGGCUGAGCUCCUUCUCACCGCCUCUCUGCUGCUUCUCAUCACCCUUUCACUCCUGCUCCACACUGGUGAAAGUCAGGUCCAGGCUCCACAGUGCCGUAUCCAGAAGUGCACCACAGACUUUGUCUCACUCACGUCUCACCUGAGCCCGUCUCUGGAUGGCUUCGACACUGAGUUCUGCAAGGCGCUGCGGGCCUACUCGGGCUGCACACACCGCACCGCCAAAAGCUGCAGGGGCAACCUGGUUUUCCACUCAGCCAUGCUGGGCAUUAGUGACCUCAUGAGCCAGAGGAACUGCUCCAAAGACGGACCCACAUCAUCCACACACACGGCCGUUUCUGUCGAGCCCUGCAACUACCACAGUCGCUUCCAUCAUCACCAGGCUGCACCAACUGCCACAGGCACAGGGGUCCCCGGCGCACCGGAGCACUCACGGCCCAACUACCUGUUCUGUGGUCUGUUUGGAGACCCGCACCUUCGGACUUUUAAGGACCAGUUUCAAACGUGCAAGGUCGAGGGGGCGUGGCCUCUUAUUGAUAAUAACUACCUGUCAGUGCAGGUAACGAAUGUGCCAGUGGUGCAGGGAUCAAGUGCCACAGCAACAAACAAGAUCACCGUCAUCUUCAAACCGUAUCAAGAGUGCACAGAGCAGAAGGUGUACCAAGCGGUGACGGAUGACCUGCCAGCGGCGUUUGUGGACGGCACUGCUGUAGGUGGUACUAGUGAGACGCGCAGCCUUGUGGUGCUGGAAAAGCUGGCAGGUCGCCAUGUAGAGCUGCACGCCGCCUACAUCGGUGUAACGGUAGUGGUGCGUCAGCUGGGCCGUUACCUUACGCUGGCUGUACGCAUGCCCCACGAGCUUGCUAUGGCCUACGAUGACACUCAGGACCUGCAGCUGUGCGUGAACGGCUGCCCCACCUCAGAGCGCAUCGAACUGCCUGCACUCGGCCUCCAGCAUGGCGGCACUCCAUCUCUCCCUCCUCUCUCUCCACCUCAGCAGGCCUUCAGCCUCGAGAGCGCCUCCAGGAAGUGCAGUGAGCAGCUUCAGGUCCAGGACAUCUAUUUCCACUCGUGUGUCUUUGAUCUGCUCACCACCGGCGAUGCCAACUUCACCGCCGCCGCCUACAGCGCCCUCAAGGACGUGGAAGCGCUGCACCCCGAGAGGGAGCGCUGGCAUAUUUUCCCUCGCUCCACAGCUGGCUUAAGACUGACAGCAGCCCUGAAUGCACUUCUCGUUUGCUUAUUCGCCGCUGCACUUUUGUAAACAGCGUGGUCACGACUGACUCGACUUUCAUAAUAAAAUUCACGGAAGCACGAGGAGACUUUGUAAACAGUCAGAGCAUUACUUGUAUAUAUUGUGUAGACAGAGGAGACAGGACACGCUCCUUUGUACAACUGUAAAUUUGUGUACAUGCCAUUUUCAGGAGAGCUGCGGUGCUCGGUGAAAUUUUUUAUGUGUGUGAAAUUUUGUGACUUUUGUGUUGGUGUCGUCCUUGCGAGAGGAAGUCUGAAUGGAAGCACUUUAUUUUUUAUUUUGUUGCGACUACAGAACAGUGUUCCAUAGAACCGCAGAGCUCGAUAGAGGUUUUUCAUGGGGCGUCACGUUUCCAAUGGCGACGCGUAGCAGCCAUGUUUAAGGUCAACCUGUGAUUGAAAUAUAAUGAAGUAGUGAGAAAAGGACAUAAACAUGGUCAAUUUUUGUUUAGUUUUUCUGUUCAAACCGUGAUAAAAAGGCGUAUUUCUGCAUUCUGAGUGUAAUAUUGCAUCAAGGAGAGAAAACUACAGAAAUUUCGAACAAAAUAAGACUGGUGAAUCUAAAUCGUAAGGAACGGACGUCAUCAAAGUACAAUCAAGUCUGCUCUGAUCAUUUUCACUCAGGUUUGACCUAUUUUUAUAAUUUUAUAACUAUAAUAUAGUGGAAGAGUCUCCAUUUCCAUUUGACUCUUAGUUUCCGUUUCCGGUUGAGAGUACGCCUGCACGUUUUGGCUGCCGCUUCUCACCGGAGCUUUUCAUUUUUCAUUUUUUCCCUUUUGUUUUUCUUUUUUGUGUUUCUGUAGUUUGAUGUUUGCUUUCUUUUUGUUUGAGUGUUUUGUCCACCGGUUGUGGUGUAGCUCUGGACCCAGUUUUGGCGUCGGUUCCCUUCAGGCCUUGGCUUGCUGUGGGUGAUGCCUGUGCUCUUCGCUAUGGACUGCAGUGAGCUCGUUACUCUUUUUAACAUCGGGGUUGUCCAGCACUCUGUGCGACAGUGCUUUUCUGCUUGGUACGGUGUUCCGAGCGAUGUUGCCUGGUAGCAAUGCGGCGGCUGUGCAGGUGGUGUGGGAUUUUUCGUGCGCCUGGUCGGACUGUGGUAGCAACGCCAUUGGAAUUACAUCCUGACCCUUUUUUGGCGGACUCCUUUUUUUUUUCCUCCCCCAAUUGUAAAGCGACCUUGGGUGUGAGAAAGGCGCAAUAUCAGUUGAACUGAUUAUUAUUAUUAUUAUUUAUUUGCUGGGGUUUAUUUCAUGAAUGUAUAGUAAUAUGAGCUAAAUAUUCGCAGCCUAAUAAUGCUCGUGAAAAUAUUUUUCACAGAGAAGUGAUUUCAAUUUGAUCCAAAAUACUGCGAAUCAAAAUCAAAUACUACCCUACACAAUACGUGUAAGCCGAAGUUACAGACAAAAUACAAGGACACUUACCCAUCCAAUCACGAUCAUUAAAUUCUUCUCUGGAUUGUCUGGUUGUCUGCUUCUAAGCUUUUAUCAGCUCAAAAUUCAUCCAUGGCUUGUUUUUAGGACCAGAUAGGACACGAUGUCCAAGAACGAAAUGGCUGGAUAUUUGUCAAUUUCUCUGCACCAUUGAUUCUUAGGCAUGUCAUAAGGAUCGAUGCUGUCUAUUCUUGCUAUUUUUUCAUGAUAUCAUUGCUUAGCCCUUGAAUCUAUGAUUUCUUCCGCACAAUGACGUAAACUCCAUACCACUGUCAGAACUGACCUUAAACAUGGCGGCCGAAAGGGUUUCGUUGACGUCAAUGAAAAACCUCUAUAUUCUGGGAUAGCUUGUCUUUUUGAUACGCAAAACGCGUUUUCAAACCCUUUCCUUGUGUCUGUAUUAUGUAGAUAGGACUUGCCUCAUCAUCAUGGUACUCCACAGAACAAGUGACAGUUGGUUAUUUUAAGAGUGCAGUUAUUAGUGCAGUAGUAAAUAGUGACGUGGCUAAAUUUCCAAGGAUCACAGUUGUAACACAAGCGCAGUGUCUGUCUAGAAAUCAUUCCUCGUUUGUAGUCUAGAGCUCAAUAUUGUUGUUGGACUUUUUUUGUGUAAGUGUCGAGUAAAAUAUGAAGAAUUCAAACCAACACAGCAGGCAUGGGUUGAAGUGAAACAGGGAUUUCAUGAGGAACGGUUCGGUGGUCUGUUCUCCAUCCAGCAGACCAGAUUUCAUUUCAUUUGCAUUGAAUUCAGUCCUGCAUUUCAUCACAAACAAUCAGAGUAUCUUGGUAUCUUUGUAUCUGGCACGACUAACUAUAAGUGGACAGGUGUUUCAUAAAUGACCUAAAUCUGAUUUUCCUUUUUCAGUGUAGAAAUGGUUAGGAAUUAAAGGAGAAUUGAAGGCAAAUUUUUUAUGAUCAAAAUUCUAUUUAUCUCAUUUUAUUAAAUAUCGGAAUGCAUUUUCGAUCGCUAUUUUGUCGCUGCUAGAGCAAGUUAUGAGUGUUUGAAAUAUGCUCUGUAAUAUAUCAGUCCAUAUGUCAAAGCAAUGGCCAUAAACGAGAUGCGUUGAGACCUGUGCGAGACAUCGUAGGACGGAAGUAAAACGUACAGCGGAAAUCAAAGUGACCAACAUCUGCCGAUGUUGUCAGAAGACGCGCGCCCUCUUUCGAAUGCUGAUGUAAUCAAGUCGGAAGUUUUGUUUGUUUUGAUAGCAAUCAGGAAAGUUUGAAAAAAGUAGGCAGUAACUGUCAUUUAAACUCGUUUUUGUGCAAUACUUCGUUUGGAAAACAGUUUUCAAAAUGGCGGCACUGACACCUGGCUGACGCUUCGAAGUCUCGCACAAGUCUCGUGAAGAUCGCGCGGAUAAGCGACGCCUGCCGUGGACCAAACGAACUAAAUUCAACAUGGCUAAAAACCGAACAGGCCGAUAAGUAUAAUAUUUAAUUGCAAUUAGUUGCCAAUACGAGUCACGAUAUAAGGUUACUAAAACUGAAAACGUAAUUGAAUAACAUGUUAAUUAAGAAAUAAAGCAAGUUUAAAAAUGACUUCAGUUCUCCUUUAAACACACUGAAGAUCUGGAUUGCUAAAAUGAGUCACGUUUUGAUUCCAUGUGAUAUGAUUAUGAUAUGAACUGCAGCUUUUUCUUCAGCCACUCAUGAUUAACGUGGACUAUUUUUUUCUUCUUCUUCUUUUCGCUCUUUAUUGCCAAACAAAGUAGAUCAUCAAUUACAUACAGCAUAUCUAUUGUUCAGUAUAAUGUCCUCCAACCAAAGAGUUUGUGCCAUUCUGUUAUUCUUCAUAGGACACCAUUAACUUCGCCAUAAAGGAUAGUCACUAUGAUUGCGAACACGAUUGGCAUUUCUUGAGUCGCGUGUGAAGCUUGUGACAUUGCAGACUGCUUUGCAGGUUUACGGUUAUUUAGCACAAAAGUCUUUUAGUACAAGUUCUAAAGUCUGAGCACAACUCUAAGUUCUUUAGCACAAGAUCCAAGAACACUUAAUCUUUUUAAGCCCAGCGCACACGGGCGAUUUUCCGUCGCUUGGUCGUACAACUUUUUGACGCAAGCGAAAAAUUGCUUCAUGCGCGGAUAUUCGCGACAGCAAUUUUUUUUGUUGCUUGCGACAGAUCGCAGGUAUCAAACAUGCUUGAUAUUCUGUGACAAAAAAUCGCAAGUCGCUGACUUGUUGCAGAGAUAUCGCCACGUGUGCAUGUCUUUGCGAUAACAAAGCGAUCACCUCCAAAGGCUAAGCCAAUCCCCGCCCAUGAAAUAGUCACGUGAUUUCCACAUGACUUGCAUCCCCCUUCCCAAAUCGCCCACUGGUCGCAGAUAACGCGCACACGCAGCUACCCGACAGGGGAAACUUGUGUCCAAAAAUCGCAAUGAGACGUCACCCGUGUGCACCAGGCUUUAUGAAUACUUACUGAUCAUGUUUAAAGAUGCUUGAUGGAUUUUUUUCAUGAAAGUUGCCGAGAUUCUGACUGAAAACGAGCAAUUGUAUUUCUCUACUCCGCCGUCUUGGAACCGCCAUGUUUGAUGUAGCCUGUAUGUUAAUCACCAAUCCUCCCUCCAAAUUAUUUAACACACCACUACAGCCAGCUUCCAGGUUUGUUUUGUCUUUAUUAAAGUGCUCAGCUUAAAUUAUAUCAUAUUUAUUACUUACAAUUUGCUAAUUUGAUAAAGAAUGAAAAAUCAAGUGAAAUUUACAAGAUAAGAGUUUAAAGAAAGCUUUUUGUUUGUUCUUUAUUUAAUUUUUUUUUUUUUUACAUUUUUAAAUAUCGGCUUCCAGUCCCUAAACAAUCAUAAUAAACCCCUUCCUAUAUCAAGAUGAGUAUUUUUUUUUCGAUUAUUAUGACCAUAAUCCAGAGACUUUAGAACUUGUGCUAAAAGGCUUUAGGUUUGGGCGGCACGGUGGUGCAGUGGGUAGCACUUUUGCCUCACAGCAAGAAGGUUCUGGGUUUGAGCCCAGUGGCCAACGAGGGCCUUUCUGUGUGGAGUUUGCAUGUUCUCUCCGGGUGCUCUGGUUUCAUCCAAAGACAUGCAGGUUAGGUUAACUGGUGACUCUAAAUUGACCGUAGGUGUGAAUGUGAGUGUGAAUGGUUGUCUGUGUCAGCCCUGUGAUGACCUGGCGACUUGUCCAGGGUGUACCCCGCCUCUUGCCCGUAGUCAGCUGGGAUAGGCUCCAGCUUGCCCGCGACCCUGCACAGGAUAAGCGGCUACAGAUAAUGGAUGGAUGGACUUAAGGUUUGUGCUAAAUAACCAGAUCCCGCUUUUUGUAUGCUGACAUCAUGCAGGAACACAACUGAUAUAAAACACUCUUUCCAGGAUUUCUAGGCUUGCGUCGAAGAACACAGAUCUUCACAAAGCUCACUGUGCUUAGCAUUUACGUUUAAACUGACCAUGCCAGCAUUGCUUACUCUUCACUCUGAAUGCUUUACAGUGCAUCCAAAACGAAUCGACACUCCCAUCCUAAAAAGACUUGCUACUGUAGACUCACAUUUAUACGUUCAUUUGUUUGCAACUACUGCCAGUGCUGAAGAGCUGCUAACAUACUGUGACUAGAGUUUAUUUGGAACACUGGGAUUUUCUGUGAUUGGCCGAAUCCUAGAUGAUUAUUGAUUGGCCAAAUCGUCAAUAGGCUUUAUUUCACCAUAUAAUAGAAAAGACCAGAGCAAAGCAUUUGAGUGCAAUUAACUGCAAAGAGAAGCCUUCAUCCUGUGUUUUUGCUUUGUUGCGUUUGAUCUUGUGACGUGUUUUUUUUUCUUUUUGGCGUGAAAUCUGUUUUUGUGAAGAGUGACUGCUCAAUGUUUAUACUUAAAUUAUUUAUGAAAUAUAGUGUAUUGUUAGAGAAGGUCCAUAUUCUUGCUGUUUGGAGAAAAAAACAAACAAAAAAAAAUACAAAAAAAAAAACAAAAACAAAAAAACAUUUCAGACGUGAUUGUACUGCCACUUAGUGGACCACCAUUGUUACAUCAGUGUUUUAGUAAUGUUCUGGAUGCGGCGACUGAAAACAAGGAGGAAAAAAAUGUGUUUUUAUUUAAAAACAUUAAAAGAAAAUACAGACA